AUAGACCGGCGACCGGCCGCACCGGUCCAGCCUGGCUCAAGUGGCUGGUGCAAACAAGAGACAAACAAAGAUCACUCGUGUUUCCGCGAAGUCAAGAUAUCGACGAGGAUCGUUGACUCUACCUUGAAUUUUCUGCUGCUACAUCCUACCGUCACAUACGAACUUACACAAAACGAUGGCCGAAGUAGCACCACCACCAGUAGACGGGAAUGAUAUGCAAGAUGUCGUACCUACAGUUGCAAACGGUGAUGCGCCUGCACCUGAAGAACCUGAAGUCAUAUCGGAGACACUGUACAUUCAGAAUUUGAACGAGAAGAUAAAAAUCGAUGUCCUCAAAGCCUCACUGAGAGGUCUAUUCAAAUCAUAUGGUGAAGUUUUGGAUGUUGUAGCACACGGCAAUCUGCGCAUGAGGGGCCAGGCUUUUGUGUCAUUCGACUCUGCAGAAGUUGCGAAAAAAGCGAUGAAGGAGGUUCGGGGAUUCCCUCUAUAUUCAAAACCAAUGCAAAUCUCAUUUGCCCGGACACGGUCUGAUGCUGUGGUUAAGCGAUUAGAAGGAGAGACUUUUGAGCAGCACAAGGCACGGAGAGCAGAGCACAAAAAGAACACGCGAUAUUCAAAUCCACUAAAACAGAAAUUCCGUGCUAAGAGGAUGGCCGCAGAAAUGGACGGUGUUACUGCUGUGCCUGCCCCGAAAAGGCCAAAUGUACAAAUGCCAGACGAAUAUCUACCUCCCAACAAGAUUCUUUUCCUUCAAAACCUUCCAGAAAAUGUUACGAAAGAUCAACUUAUGGCACUUUUCUCUCAAUAUCCCAAUCUGUACGAAGUCCGUCUUAUCCCAACGAAAAAGGAUAUCGCAUUCGUGGAAUACAUAGACGAGGGCAGUGCAGGCGUCGCAAAAGACGCGUUACACAACUACAAACUCGAUGGCGAGAAUAAAAUCAAGAUUACGUUUGCCAGGAAGUGAUGCAAUUCCUGGAUUUUUUUUACGACUCGGUUGGUGUACUUUUUGCAAUAUUUAACAUAGCGUUGUAAGUGUUUUGAUAAUGUGAGUCUAAUUUGUUGCACCACAUGUAGCCUUCGUCGUGCAUCGCUGUUAUGUUGGCGUUGUGAUCAUUGGCCAGAAGCAAAUUAUUUGUCUUUUUUGCAAUGUGUUUGGUGCUAGGAGUCCGCGG